AUGCGCGUUCUGCGCUGUCUUCUCCCGGUCAGAGCAGCAGCCGCGGCGGCGUUUGAGUGGACGAAGAUGGCGGAUCAGGGCGACUUGGGGUCCCGCUACCUGUGAGGACCCCCGCGGGAGGCAGAGCGAGUCUGCUCUGACCCUGUCCUUGGUUCCCUCAUCACGGUCGCCAGCGGAGCGAACCCGAGAGCGUAGAGCGGGCUGGGCCAGCUGUCAAGUGGAAUGUCAUGGCCAGCUCCUCGGACAGUGAAGAUGACAGUUUCAUGGCUGUGGACCAAGAAGAAACUGUGCUGGAAGGGACAAUGGAACAAGAUGAGGAGCCCCGCCCAUUAUUGGAGGUUGAGGAGACUAGACAUAAUAGGUCCAUGUCAGAGCUGCCAGAAGAAGUUUUAGAGUAUAUCCUGUCCUUUCUGUCACCAUACCAGGAACACAAAACUGCAGCCCUUGUCUGCAAACAGUGGUAUCGACUUAUCAAAGGUGUAGCCCACCAGUGUUAUCAUGGUUUCAUGAAGGCUGUCCAGGAGGGAAACAUUCAGUGGGAGAGCCGAACUUAUCCUUAUCCUGGAACUCCAAUCACGCAGAGGUUCUCACACAGUGCUUGCUAUUAUGAUGCUAAUCAGUCUAUGUAUGUAUUUGGAGGCUGUACCCAGAGCAGCUGCAAUGCGGCCUUCAAUGACCUUUGGAGACUUGACCUAAAUAGCAAAGAGUGGAUCCGACCCUUGGCUUCAGGGUCUUAUCCUUCUCCCAAAGCUGGAGCGACUCUGGUUGUGUACAAGGACCUGCUAGUGCUGUUUGGUGGCUGGACGCGGCCAAGCCCUUAUCCCCUACACCAACCAGAGAGAUUCUUUGAUGAAAUACACACUUAUUCACCCUCUAAAAAUUGGUGGAACUGCAUCGUGACAACCCAUGGGCCACCUCCUAUGGCUGGCCACUCCUCAUGUGUGAUAGACGAUAAAAUGAUUGUUUUUGGUGGAUCUUUAGGAUCCCGACAAAUGAGCAACGAUGUCUGGGUCCUUGACCUUGAGCAGUGGGCGUGGUCCAAACCGAACAUCUCCGGCCCCAGUCCUCAUCCUCGAGGUGGCCAAUCUCAGAUUGUCAUAGAUGAUGCAACUAUCUUAAUUCUCGGAGGGUGUGGCGGCCCCAAUGCUUUGUUCAAGGAUGCUUGGUUGUUGCACAUGCACUCAGGACCCUGGGCUUGGCAGCCACUCAAGGUAGAAAACGAAGAGCAUGGGGCCCCAGAACUGUGGUGCCAUCCAGCUUGCCGGGUGGGACAGUGUGUGGUGGUCUUCAGCCAGGCUCCUAGUGGGAGAGCCCCACUAAGCCCCAGUUUGAACUCUCGUCCAUCACCCAUCAGUGCUACUCCUCCAGCCCUGGUUCCUGAAACCCGAGAGUACCGUUCUCAAUCUCCAGUAAGAAGUAUGGAUGAAGCUCCUUGUGUUAACGGCCGCUGGGGAACACUGAGGCCCAGGGCUCAAAGGCAGACUCCUUCAGGUUCCCGGGAAGGGAGUCUUUCCCCAGCCAGAGGAGAUGGCUCUCCUAUCCUCAAUGGUGGGAGUUUAUCUCCAGGAACAGCAGCUGUCACUGGGUCUUCCUUGGACAGUCCUGUACAGGCCAUAUCUCCAAGUACUCCGUCUGCUGCUGAAGGAUAUGACCUAAAAAUGGGACUUUCUGUGGCUCCUCGAAGAGGGUCACUACCAGAUCAGAAAGAUCUGAGAUUAGGAUCCAUAGAUCUGAAUUGGGAUCUGAAACCUGCUUCCAGUAGCAAUCAUAUGGAUGGCAUGGACAACAGGACAGUCGGGGGGAGUGUGAGACACCCUCCUGAACAGAUGAAUGGUGUGCAUACUCCACCACACGUGGCCAGUGCCCUUGCAGGGGCUGUCUCCCCAGGUGCCCUGCGUCGGAGUCUAGAAGCUGUCAAAGCAAUGUCAUCCAAAGGCCCCUCCACCUCUGCAGCACUAAGUCCUCCUCUUGGUUCGUCUCCAGGGUCCCCUGGGAGCCAGAGCCUGAGCAGUGCAGAAACAGUGCCCAUCCCCCGCCCAGGGCCUGCCCAAGGAGAUGGACAUUCCUUACCUCCCAUUGCCCGCCGCCUGGGCCAUCACCCUCCACAGUCCCUAAAUGUUGGCAAACCCCUCUACCAGAGUAUGAACUGCAAGCCGAUGCAGAUGUACGUGCUGGACAUUAAAGACACCAAGGAGAAGGGGCGGGUCAAAUGGAAAGUAUUUAAUAGUAGUUCAGUGGUCGGGCCUCCCGAAACCAGCCUACACACAGUGGUACAAGGCAGAGGUGAACUCAUCAUAUUCGGAGGACUUAUGGAUAAGAAACAGAAUGUGAAGUACUAUCCAAAAACAAAUGCCUUGUACUUUGUGCGAGCAAAGAGAUAAUGUGUUCUACACCCUUUCCCUUUCUGUGGCUUUUACUUUGGAAUUUUCCAGCGUGUAAGCAUUUGGACUGAGAAUUGGGAAAACAACAAAAUUAUUCCCAUAAAUUAAAACUGUAAUUCCCAACCUAAGUCACUCCAGGCUGGGACCAAAUCUCCAUUAAGAAAAAAAUUAUAUAUAAAUAUAUAUAUAUGUACAUAUAUAUAUUAUAUAGCCAACUCUGUUUACAAAAAGGGAGAGAUCUCUGUCCUGGUUCAGAUAAAAUUGUUGCUGUGUUUUAGCAGAGGCUGUGCUGCCUUUUUCUACUUUGCUGGUAACUAGACCAAGAAGUUAAGGAACAGACUAAUAUCAGUUAACUUUCCAAAAGAAACUGAAGAGCCCCCUGUAAAUUUCUAUGUGGCCUUCUCAGAAUUAAAAAAACGAAAGGGUUAUAUAAGAUGCAAAGGUGGAGGUUUUAGUCUCAUGCUUCAGGUGCUGGUAGGGUGAAAGUAACCUACAAAAAAGUGUUCUUCCCCUUCUCCUCUUAAAACCAAGAGAACCUGUUACAACGCUGAAGAAAUGCCUGUGCCUGGCCCCCUUUUGCCCUUUACGGUUGAGGAAAGUUACCCAGUGAGGGACCAAAUCUCCAUUAAGAAAAGUUAUCCAUGUUUGUGUGCCAGGUCAUCAUGAGAUAAUGUGUAUGAAACCAUCAGCUGUCUACUUGGUCUUUGGAGUGCUUCCUGCAUAUCUCAGAAAACAUUUUGGUAUCUGUGGAAUUUUCUGACAAUCGUAUUUGGUUGCAAGUUGCCAAAACCAUAUUUGUUCUCCUUUUUUCCUUUAGAACUUGGUCCCUGGAAGCUGCUUUUCCAUUUAGUCUACUUCUUUUUUCUUUCUUUCUAGUUUUUUGUUUUGUUUUUGUUUUGAGUUUUAUUGCCCCUAAAACUUUUUCGCUCUCUAUUUCUUUUACAAAGCUCAUGUGCCUAAAGAAAUUGGAUGCUUCUUAGAAAUAAUUCUGGAACCCUUUCUCUGAUAUCACUACGGGCCAGUAGGUAUAUCACCAAGAUGCCAGUAUUGUGAGAAGUCUGUGAAGCAGGGCAGCGCCUGUGGCUCAGUCGGUAAAGGCGCCAGCCCCAUAUACCAAGGGUGCAAGGUUCAAACCGGCCCUGUCCGAACUGCAACAAAAAAAAAGCCGGGCAUGGUGGCAGGCGCCUGUAGUCCCAACUACUCGGGAGGCUGAGGCUAAGAGAAUCACCUAAGCCCAGGAGUUGGAGUUUGAGUGAUGUCACGGCACUCUACCGAGGGCCAUAAAGUAAAACUCUGUCUCUACAAAAAAAAAAAAAAAAAAAGAUGUCUGUGAAGCAUCAAAAGAUACUGUUUUUUCCUUGUUGGCUUUUUUUUAUUUCCAAAGCACACUGGGCACACCCAUCCCAUAUUUGUGGAAUGUGGAAUUGAUCAUAGAAGGGAAUCCCAGUAACGUUCUUUCCAGAAAUGAUUUUUUCUUCCCUUGUGACAUAUAUUCCUCUUCCUGGCUGUUUGACAGGUGACGAGGUCGAAUAUCAUGUACUUGACCUUUAUGAUGCAUAGCUGACCUUGGGAGCAGCUCUGCCCUUUGUGUUUGUCUUGUUCAUGUGUCAUCCAAACAGGGACUAGAUUUUUACCUUCACUUUAUUUCUGGGAUUAGGUAUAGCCAAAUUGAGCAUUGCUUUGGGUGAUACAGAAAGUUAUGAGUUACUAGUCUCCAGACCACAGCCUGGACAUAGGAGAUGUCAAAAUAAGUUUAUUCCAAAUGGCACCAUUUAAAUAUGGAUUUUGGGGGGGGGGUGAUUUCUCAUCAGUGGAAAGUGGAUUCUUGUUUUGCCAUCAGGAUUUAAAUUUUGAAAUAUCACGUUUCCCAUCCAUUCUUCCCUUUUCCUUGUUAGUGCUCCCAGGCACCAGUCUGCUGCAUCUGGCCCUGGGUCCUGGCUUUCAGCCAGCACUUAGCAGUCUGUCCCAUGAGUGUGUUUUCUCCCAUUACAUCAUGCUAAGUCCUUUAGGAAGCCAUUAGCUUUUACCAUGUAGUCUUGGUAGGAAAGCAGCCGUGGUGCCAAGCCCAGGAAAGGGCCAGCUCACGGGGGGAAUCUGUGUUCCAGAAGCUGCUCUUCAUGCUCCCUUAGAUGAGGAAACAACCUUGUGCCUGCUUACUGCUGUGUCCAGCUGCUUGAAGCUUCACACUUUGCUUCCCAGACUCUGGUCCUCUGGCACUGUUGCCAGCCCUUGCUUGGCAAAGACUAUUCAAUCAUGUUGGGGUCCUUAUUUACAAAGGAAAGCUAGCCCCAAAGGUUAGCAAUGUAGGCGUUCUUGUUGUUUGAUCUUUAUGACAUUGCAUUUGUGCAUGGCCAGUGCCUCUAAACUCAGUUCCUAUUUCAAUAUUAUAUUGUACUCGGAAGCCUGAAAGUCCAGAAUCUCAAUCUCAUAGUCUUUCCCUUUGUCCUGUGGCCUUCUAAAGCCAGCUGCUAACCUGUUGAUUCCUUCUUCUUCCCCCGAGGGGCCAGGUAACAGAGAUGUUGAUUCUCUUAGGAAGUCAUCUGGUUCCUCGGAACUCUGCCAUUCCAGUGUGACCCACACUGCUUAUAUCUCUGUGAGAAAAGUCUGCCUUGUCUACACCUGGUGGUGUAGGUCUUGGCAGCUCCAAGGCACUAUGGGUGUGUACCUUGAAUAAGCAACUUAACACUGUCAAGCUGAUUUCUCCUCAGGCCUUAUGAAGCCACAUGUGCAAUGAGACUUCAGGUGUCUCAUCUGAGGUGAGCAUUACCACAACAUGUGGAUGCUUCAGUUAGAUCAAAUUUAAACACAGUCUCAUUUUUGACAUGAUACCAAUUUUGUCUUAACUGAGAAAAUGAGACAAAAAAAAUUUUUUAAACCCUCAGGAGCACCUAAUGCAAAUACUUGUCAGUAUUUAAGUAUUUAAAAUGCAUUUUGUUUCUACUUGAAGCUUUAAACCCCUUCCAUUCCUGCAAGUGUGCCUUGGAGAGCCAGUGACUUCGCCGCCGGCCGCCUCCUUGUUGACCUCAUGUAAGAAUUUUAGUCUCUUCCUACUACUCUCUUGGACAGAGCUUCCUGUUCUCUCAUUUCACAGGUUAUGCAGCAGAAAGUUUUCUGUUUUUUCAUUCAUAUUUCUGCCCUUCUUCCACGCUUGGGUGGUAAGCUACACAACUCCACCCUACCCUAUUUUGGGAGCACCAAUUAGGUAUUGAAACAAGCUAAAAUUUCAUUUUAAGGCAGUACUGGGCUUACUCUCCUCACAGCCCUCUGUGGAUUUAUUUAAUUUUAAUUUUUGAAUUUUUAUAGCGAAAGCUGAAACCAUGAACUAUCUAGGAACUGUGUUGGAAUUCUUUAAAGAAGAGGGGAAGAGGAAGAAAGAAAGCCAACUUAAGAAGUCUUGACUUUGGAGGACAGAAAUCUACCAGCCCACGGAGAACAAAGAGAUGUUUCCCUGUCCUUCCACCUUCUCUUUCUGGGUUUCCUUCUGUUUUGCUUUUUCCCUUCCCCUUAAAAGUGAUAAUCCUGGUUGGUCUGUCUGUCUGAUCUUGUCCUGUGAUGAUCCUGGCAUUGUGAAAUGCUCUGCUUUGUAUUAUCUGUGGUCUCUUACCAGCGCACAAGUCAGUGGGGAGGACCUGAACACACCCAGGGGCAAGGAAGCUGAACUUCGAGGCCUGUGUCCCACAUAGCCUCCUCAUGAACUGCAGAAGGCAUGUUCUGCAUGGUCACCAGUAUGUGGCUCCUUCUCACCAUGUUCAUUGUCAAAUGAGCGCAAAUCUUAGGCGUUGGCUCCAUUGUACUCCUUAACUCGCUCUGCUCCCCUCCCAUCAACCAGGGUUCACGGCAGUGCACGCCCAUUGUGCCCUGGCCAAGCUGGUGCUGUGAGUGAUGUUUCCCAUACGACUCAGGGAUGCCAGGUGGCUUACCCUGAGAUAGUCAUUUUAGGCACAUAACAAUAUAGGAAUGAAAAUGAACUUCAUUGAUAUUUAAAUCUGUCAAUUUCAUUUUUUGUUAAUGUUUUCCCCUAAUGACUUUUUAGCAAUUUAACAAAUAAAAGAAAAUGGACAAAUGUCUUAA